GCAGUUGUAUUUUUGUUUUGGUCAACUUUAUGUCCAUGUGUAUGGUGUAGUGUGUAGUGCCAAGUAUUUUUCUUAUUGGUUGUGAUGUGAAAUAUUUUGAGUAUUUUCUACAUUCCCUAGCCCUGAGCGAAUAUACAAUGAAGUCUAAGUUCCCUGAGUAGCAUGAUUAACAAUUAACAAACAACAAUGAAUCGUCAAAAUAUACUGCCUCUCACAAAGAAAGAGAAAACUAAAGACUGGCAACUGGAAAUGUUGAUGGAAAAACUUAGAUCCAAGUCUGCACAGUACAAAAGUAUACCAGAGAUAUCUAAGAAUGUUCGAAUGAGCCUUCUGGAAAAGCGGUAUGCUUCAGAUAGUAUUGAAAAAAGCCAACAUCAAAAAUGUCUGGAUACAUUACAGCACUCAAUAAAAGUGACCUCUUUACAAAGCAUGGUAGAGAGACUAGAAAGUCUAACCAGGCAGCUAGGGCUGAAAUUCGUAGUAGAACCGUCCGGUGUCUUCAUCUCCUCCGACAUGUUCUAUUUGGAAGUGGUAUUGGAUCCCAGCGGAGCUGCCAAAGACGUGAAAAUCCACCACGAAGGGAAAAAGGAGCAGCAAAGCUGCAUCGAAUUGGUGAACUGCUUGUCCCGGGGGGAUUUCGCGGAUUUCACUGCCCAAUUGGAAGGUUUCACAUCGGUGUACCAACUGAAUGCUGAGAAAAAGGUGAAGUGUAAAGCGUUCACCGCUUUGGAAUCGCUGGAAGCUGAUCUUAGCACCUUGGCACAAUUACAGAUGUUCAUGAUUGAACCGUUCAAUCUCAUCCACAAAUCUCCAGUCGGUAUCCUGGAGAAAAGGAAAGGCGGUCAUCCCAUGAAAUUGACGUAUUUCGUAUCGCCGUACGAUUUGUUGAAUAUCGAAAAAAACGAAAUAGACCCGAUUGUUGUGGACAAUGUGAUCAGUAAAAAUUUGGGGUACAAUGUCACUGUCUGUAUGGAAGGUUCUGCAGCCCACAAACUACAGACAACUACGCUCAUAACUGUAAAUAGAAAUAUAAACGGCAAAAGUACCCCUUCGUACACCCCUCUAACCGGCCAAAAUAGCGCAGUCGUGCCCGCUUGUUUCAUGUUGAAAUUGAACAAACCGUUGCCUAUGUCUCUCUCCCUAGUGAGACAAAUCCAACAAAUACACCCUUGGACGGAAAUCGACAGUGCGCCUGUGCAACCGUUGCUCAAUCUCAUUGUCACGCACUGCAGUGAGGGAAAGAUGACGUCCAGCAACAAUAAAGGACUAUUCGUGACACUGCCAGACCAAAAUCAUUGUUAUUUCAUGACCGAAAAUAAAAAUAUGAACGGGGUGUUGGUGAACAGCAUCCCGUUCACUCAUCCGGCGCACGUAUCGAGCAUCCUUAUGAUUUUGAGGGAACAAGCUCUAUUCAAUUCCAUCAUCAGUAGUUGCGUGAGGCCAAACAGCAAGCAAGAUUUCGAGAACAUGACCAUGUUCGAAGUGAGCGCUCUCUCCUCCACGCACAUCUCCAUCUCUCUCGAACACCCUGUAGAAGAGAGCAUGGCGACGGCGGAAAUAGACCUGUCCGACAUUUCCAACCUCGCGUGUCGCGUGACCAAUCCCGGUACGCCUCCUCCAAUCAGUGCUCCCGACGCUGCUUCGGACCUGAGCACGAAAAUACUCAACAAGUCCUUUUCGCUGCCUAUUACGUUGCGUUCCGUCAUCAAGUUAUGGGAAAAACAGUCGGCUCGGAGGACCCACUACGGCGGCCCGGAAAAUUUCAGCCUGCCCCUCGGCCAGGGCGACCCGGGCGGCCCCAAAGAGCCGCCCAACCCGCGCUUCGGCGGCCCGGACAAGGGCACGAUGAAGCAGGAACCGAACAACGGCGAAGGGGCGCAUUCGCUCGACGAUGCGAUGAUGCAGCAGAAUUUUCAGCGGUUCCCGCCUUCCGAUGGGGUGCUGGCCAAUAUGGAGCUUAAUAACAUGCUCACAGACGCUUCUGACAAAUUAAACAAACGUCAAAAACGCAAACUGAACGAAGACGCAUGGAAAAUUGGCAAGAGGAAGGCGGGAACAGAAGACUCGGACCUAGUGGAAUCGUCCAGCUGCGAUUCCACUUCCAGAAGCACCCCCCUAUCAUCCCAAGACACCGAAAUCCGAACUCCCAACUCGCUUUUGGGGUUUCACACCGACCUGGAGUUGUCUGUCCUGGACCCCAUAGAACUGUUGGGUUCCUCGGAUAAAUCCGACGCUGGGUUCGACAAUCUGGACGAUUUGGAUUCGGACAAGUCGCCAUUGGGCGAGAUUAACGAGAAAGUGACGCCUGCGCAUGUCAGCAUCACGCCUGUACCGGCGAAUCCCACGGUGGGGUUUGCGAAGGAAAAUGAAAAGGUGGAGAAGAUUUCGGUGCCUAAUUCUAUCACCAUCACUCCGAUUGUUAGUAAGCCUGUGGAGGAGAAGCCGAAGGAGAAGAAGAGCAAAAGCAACAGGGAGGAUAAGAACAGGCUGGAGAAGAAGAAGCGGAAAAAGCACGACGACAGUCCGAUGGGCCCGCCCGACAAAGUUCCUUUCAAGCAGGACCCUUUGACGAAACCGGUGACGGUCAGCAUAAAAGCCACCGAGUCGCCGCCAUUGUCGACCUCUACUCCCACGUCGCCCAGUACGAUGCGGAAGUAUAGUUCUUCUCCCACGCAAAACCGCAGCGACAAGCCUAGUCCCGGCAGCCUCCUUAAGCCCGCGCAGUCCUCUACCAGCCCGCGACACUCGCCUGUCAACGUCAGCCCAAAGCAUUCGCUGCCCUCGGGCGUUUCGUCGCCCAAGCAUCACGGGUCGUCGCCGAAACACUCCUCGGGCGGCGGUUCGGGCAAGCCGAGCAUAUCGGCCCUCAAGAGUGCAGCCAGUUCGCCCUCGAACAAGGGAGGUGGGGACGUCAAAGCGAAGUCGAGUUUGAGGGACGGCUCUCGCGACAAGGACAAGAAAAACUCCGGCCUGUUCGGCGUCAACAACUCCAAAACCAAGAGCUCCUCGAUCAAAACGAAAAGUUCCGAGGUCAACGCGGUCGAUGCGACUUCGGAUGGCCUUUCUUCGCCUACCGCGACCGGGGACUCUUCCAAGACGAACGCGAACCAAGCGAGGAAUCGCAAAGGGUCGCUUUCGGCCAUUGUCGACAAGCUAAAGGUGAACGCUCAACACUGCGACAUAGCGACGGACCUGAGCAGCAAAUCGACCGGCAACAAGGAGCGCACCGGCUCGAGCGCGCACAAAUCGGGCGAGUCUGGUGGCGGCAAGAGUGGUGGCAAAGUGGGCGAGAUGAAGAAUUCCGAGUACAUGGUGAAGCCGAGCUCCGACGGCAUGAAGAUCACCAUCAACAAGACGAGGAGUAAGGAGAGUCCUGGUAAUAAGGGGACGACCGCCGGCAAUGUUAACAAAGGUGUCACCACCGGUUCACCGAAAACCCACACCGGCCUAAAACCGGGUGUAAACAGCGGUCCCGCGUCCAAAAAACCGCAACAACUUCAAAAAUCCACUACCACCAGCAAUACAACCCCUAAUUCCACCAACAUGACCUACAACAAUAACCUAAAAAAUUCAUCGACCAGCAACAAACUGACUAAAUCACCUUCUUCUCUAUCUGGCACUAACAGUAACAUCGGAGGAGUGUCCAAAACUAUUUCUAAGUUGUCCCCGAAUCUGAAAUCGAGUAGCAGCGCCACUGAUCUGAGCAAAACUAAGGACCGCAUCAAAUCCAGCAAAACAGAAAAACCGGUUUCGACAAGAGAAGAGGUCGACAGUGUGUACAAAAUGACGCAGUCAAGCCUCAUGGUCAAAACUUUGGACAAAAACUUCCAAAUCCCGAAACUCUCGGCGAGAAUGAACGAUGAUAAAAAGUUGAACAACGUGACCAAAGGGCCGUAUAAUUUGGUGACUAAAAAUGAUGUUUCUGUGUCGAAAUAUCCGUUGGUGGUACAGGGUGGUAAACAUUUUGAUGGAGCGAUGGAGCUGAAGAUGCGGAACAGCGUGAAUAAUGUGCCGAUGAUUUUAGGCGGCGAUGAGGAUGGGUUCAAAGCGAAGGAUUUGUCUCAGAAUCUGUCAAAUGUCCAAAGAGGACACAAUCAAACCCGACCCACCCAUCCCAAACCCGUUUCCCUCAUCCAUUCCCGAACCUCUGAGCCUCUCGACCAAACCCGCCGACGCGGCGUCCAAAUUCGCCGACAUGGCGUCGAAAUUCGCCGUCCCGGCGCCCAAGGAAGCCCGCAAACACGACGAGGCUCUGGAUUUCAGCGGCAAGCCGGCCCAAGUGUAUCCUCAGUCGCCCUCGGUCAGCGUGCAUAUCGUGAAGUCGCCUAGUCCGUUGGUCAAUCCGACAGUUUCGCCCUGUAUAACGGACGACGAACUCAUGGACGAGGCUUUGGUCGGGCUGGGGAAGUAGCCCGUUGUUUUGGCGUUGUGUUUUUAAGUGGAAAACCUAGUAUUUUUUUUACCCGUUGAAGAAGAACGAACAUGGAAAAAGUGACAAUGCUCCUGAUCUGGUAUAUUAAUUUUAUCCUUGAUUAUUUACAGUCGCAUUCAAAAAAAAGCGUACAGGGUCUUUCCGUAUAUUUGAACAGCUUCUACAGAGUUUAUCAUUGAAGAUAGAGAAAAACUUCGAAUGCAAAAGUUGUAGGGCUUGUUCUGAACCUCCAGAAAAUUAUACCAGAUGAAACAAAUGAAUAUCGCUGAUAUAAGAAAUGGGUACCAACUUCGUUAUUUUCAAAAAUAUAUUGGUCAUUGAUAUUUGGUUCAGCCAAUAUCGAGAUAUUCGAGGUUGAACAUUUUAGAUUUAGUUUUAAUUUGAUUUCACCAAAUCGCAAUUGCCAUGAAGAAAAAACAACACAUACGCAAGUUGUCAUCAAUAAAAUGUUCUGUCACAUGUUCAUUGCAUAGAAUUUCGGAAGAAAUAUUGGUUUCAGUCAAGCUCGAGCGGAGUAUCAAUGCAUUCAUCCUGGAAUGCCAGUUCCUUCCAGAAGUACGUUUUAUUUCACUGCGAGGAGUAUGAGAGAACGAAAAAAACGCACUGUCAUUCCUGAUGAAGAUGGAGAAUUGAAAAUAUUGCUUUACUUCCAAGGUAGAACAAACAUUGAAUUACUUAUGAAGUAAAUAUUUGUGUUCAUGAAAAAUAUCAUUAUUUUUAGAAAAUUCUUCUUAUUCCACUACGGAUGCAUCUAAUCAUAUCGGCAAAAGUACCAAGAAAAUGUUAACUGUCCUACAUAAACACGGAUAUCACCCAUUUAAAAUUAUACCAGUGCAAAAGCUUACCGACAAUCAUAAAAUUGCAAGACAAGCAUAUUGCACAGAAAUGAUGCUGAGAAAAGACGAGGAUAAUGAUUUUUUCAAGAAGGUUUUAUGGACUGACGAGGCUUCGUUCACCACCGACGGUGUUUAUAAUCGAAAAAACACCCAUAUCUGGUAUCUGGUCAACUCAUAAUCCACAUGGACACGAAGAGAUUCAGCACCAGGGUCGCAAAUUCCUCAAUGUCUGGUGUGGUAUUUUGGCAAGCCAAGUGAUUGGACCAAUUUUCUUUGAGGGUUCUUUUUCAGGAGAUAGGUAUUUGCAGUUUUUAAAAAAUGAAAUUGAAGAGUUGUUGGAAAAACUUUCACUCAUUCAGUAUAAUGAAUUGAUCUGGCAUCAGAACGAUCGUUAUCAAAAAACGUGGAUGGGAAAAUUUGGAAUAGUGGAAUGGCCGCCGACCAGUCCAGAUUUAACACCUUUAGAUUCAUUUCUAAGGGGCUAUUUGAAGAAUGAAGUGUAUAAGGAAAGAAGUAGAAAUUUGGCUGAUAUGAAAGGAAGAAUUUUGGAAUGCAUUAACAUAUUGAACAAUCAUCACUCCAACUUCAUUUGCAAUACGAUAAAAAAAUUGGAUAAAGACUACAGAAAAUGUGUACAAAACAACGGUGGUCAUAUCAAACAUCUGUGAAAUUGCAUCUCAUUCAGUUAUAAAAGCGCGUUUUUUUUUUCAUGGCAGUUGCGAUUUGGUAAAAUCUAAAAUGUUCAACCUCGAAUAUCUCGAAAACGGCCGAACCAAAUAUCGACCAAUAUAUUUUUGA